AUGUCAGUGCUUAUCCUAUACGAAUAUAAACUAUUGAAUGUAAAUAUUCAAUGUCGUUACGUUUUUCCAUUAAAGGACAUACCGAAAAUGGAUGUUGUUGGACACGCUGAUCCAUAUUUCAUUGCAAAUAUCGAUGAUCAAAUUACGUUUACCUCUAGUAUUAUUCCUAAUACGGCGACGCCUAAAUGGGAAGAUGAGAAAUGGAUCGUUCGGAAUAUUCCUAUUAACGCAAAACUAACUGUCAAAGUCUAUGACAAAGACGAUGACACAGUGAGUGACGAUUAUAUCGGACAAUUUGAAGUUUUAAAUUUGAUCAAUUAUCAUGCUCCGCCGAAAGGCCAUGAAAUUCUUGCGAAAUUCGAACAUAUACAUGGAUACUUUCAUUUAUCUGUACAUUCAAUGCCGUCUUCCAAUGAGACAAAGCUUCUACCUCGAUACACAUUCGAUGGUCCUUGUCGAUAUUUUCGUCACGAUUCAUUGACCGUUGGUCGUUUAACGAUGCUCAAUCCAGAUUGCGUUUAUUCAACAUGGAAAAUUCGCAUGCGGCGAAUUUCCGUGUUUUUCAGCCCGCAUGACCGGCAACACUGGAAUCGAAAGUAUCGAGCUGCUCAAGCGAUAUUCGGCAGCUGUCCUUUAACAUUAGCAUCUCAAAGUACGAUCAAAAUAGCUCAUAAAAUUCUUUUUGGCCAAACAAUCAAACAUUCCGAAACAGGAAUCGUCACUGAUACUGACGAUCUUUGGACAACAAUAUUUGCUGAUCGAACGGGUAAAAAGAUUAGACCGUGUAUAUAUUCCUAUGUUAUCGACGAUAACACAUGGCGAUUCAGCGAAACAGAUGACAAAUUCUUCGCAGAUUUUGCAAGUAAACAUGCAUUAUUAGCCAAUUGUUCUGAAUAUGUUCGCUAUGCUGGUGAAUUCCAUCCUCGACCAAAACACGGCUGGGACCGAUGUGAUGAUGAGUGGGAACUGGUAUUCGACAACGGGUCUGGAACAUAUGCACCUGAUGUGAAUCUGUUGAAUAAUCUGAAAGACUUGUUGAUGUUCAACUUUCCUGGUUUGAAUAUUGUCACUUAUGAUCAUGAUGAUCCGAUGUUGAAAGAAAGUAUGGAAGAAUUGAAAACUAGCGCUAAAAAGCAUCGAAAUAGUACAACGACGACUGAAAAUCUUAUUGAAACUUGUCCAUUUUCAGCUUAA